GGUGUACAGCAUCUGAGUGGAAGAGGUAAGGAGCCUUUCUGAUCAGUGAGAUUCACUUGGUAACAUAUACAGUACAGCAAAUUUGGAAAGCGGGGAAACCGCACUGAAAAUCAGCUACCCGAGGGUGCAGAGAUCCAGUGGAAGGAUGGGAAACUGUCAACCAAAAAUAAGGUGGAAGAUGAGCAUUCCUGUAUGGAGGAAGAGAUACUCCAACAAGGAAACACAGACCGAGAGUCACCCGCCGAGCCCUGCCCAGGAGCACUGUGACAGAAAAGGCUCUAUAAAUACCAGCGGAGUGUGGUAUUCUACUGUCAGCCACAAUGACAAACCUGAAUCCUGUGCAGCUAACACCAAAACUCAGACAGAAUACGCAGUUGUCAACGUGCCUAGGAGCAAGCAAUGUACCAUCUACUCUGAAGACCAGAAUGCAUACGAUUACGUUCUGAUCCAUUAGAAAGGGAACCUUUCUGCUCUGAUGCCAUUCCUGGGAGCUACUUGAAUAUUUAAGCCGGCAGCACACAGCCUUCCUAAUCAUCCCAUCUGUUGUGCUGACUCUUCAAGCAAGCUGGAGAGCAUCUCUCUUAUGUUAUGAAAGCUUAUGUCUGCCAGUCAGUCCCAAUGAGACAAAUCUGAAAAAGCAAUCACAGAAAGAAGCAUAGGGAGGAUACAGGACUUAACAAUUAAAACAAAAGGAAUCAGCAGUAGCUACCAUUGCAAAGCAAUGUUUCUCUAUAGAAAACUGAGUGCUUUUUGCUAGAAGCAAUUGAGACUUCAUGAUUUUUCCAAAUUUUCCGGAUUUUUACAGAGCCUUUUUUUUUUUUUUUAACAGGGAUAUAGUAGAAUUAAUGAUAGAAAUCUCAAAAAUUCAAUAAUAAUAAUAAUAAUAACCUCCUUUUUUAAGAAAAAUAAAAAUCAUAAACUUUGUGCUAGGUGAUCUUGUUCUUCCAGAGUUUCUCUGGCCUGUUUGAUAUAUACCAGUAUGCACACAAAGAUACAACCUGGAUAAAGGCAUCAUUUCUCAAGUUGUUCUCCUCGACACCCUUUAAUGCAAUACUACUUGUCACAGAGGGAAGUCUUAGCAAAAUUGGAUAGAAUGAAGAACGCAACAAAAUGCACACAGUAAAUAAACAAAUAAAUAAAUCCAGGCACUUCAAGCCACUGCCACAAAGACCAUGUAACCACUGAAGAUCCCAAAGCUGCACAGCCAGCAACUGCACACCUCUCAGCAGGGGAUUCCCAGGCACUGCCUUUGGCGCAUAACACUUUCAGCGCUCUCCUACUGGACUCUUCGGUUUGGCUCCCUGCAGUGGCAGAGCACAACCUCCCCACAGCCCACCGACCUGCUGCAAGAGGCAUUUCUGAUCACACAUAUCCAGACUGAAACUGGUUAUUUGGCUGCUCACCAGAGCUCAUAAAGUGAUUAUGUGCUAAUGUUCUUGCUUUCACAUGUGUUUUUUUCCCCUCUGUUCUUGUAUUAAAAUUUUUUGGAAAAAAAAAAAAAAAAAAAAAAAAAGUGUUGUGCAGUUUUCCUGAUAAAAAAAAUCUUUCUUUGUACCCAAAUUACCUAACUUGAUGAAAUGUUUUCACACAUCCUAAUGGAUAAGGUAUUUAUUAUGUCACCUGGAUAUUUUCUUUUGUAUUAUCAAUUUACCUCUAAGAGGUAAACCAGAUAUGACUACCUCUAUUGUUUUGGCAUUUCCUUCAAUUAGAGUUCAAAGCACAUCUGGAGACAUGCUGUAAAGUUGGAUACUUUCUGUUGAAUCAUAGAAUGGCCUGGGUUGAAAAGGACCUCAAAGAUCAUCAAGUUUCAACCCCCCUGCUAUGUGCAGGGUUGCCAACCACCAGACCAGGCUGCCCAGAGCCACAUCCAGCCUGGCCUUGAAUGCCUCCAGGGAUGGGGCAUCCACAGCCUCCUUGGGCAACCUGUUCCAGUGUGUCACCACUCUCUGUGUGAAAAAAUUCCUCCUAAUAUCUGCUGCUUUUGGGAGAAACUAUGCAAACUAUGAAUUUUAUCCUUUCCCAGAAUAAGAGUAUCUCUUAAAAUUGUAUCCUGCAUAGGAUAUUAAUGCACAGCGUUUGUAUAUCAAUAUGUCUGUUUUUGUUGUUGCUGUUGCUUUUUAGACACAUGUAUAGAAAUAACAGCCUUAAAUAUACAAUCAUACCAUUUCAUCAAAUGAGGCAAGAAAAGAGAAAUUAUGGUACUUAUAGCCACUGCUACACUUUACAAAUCAAGAUGGGGUCAGAAUUAAUCACAGAUGUGAGCUUAGUGACAUCCUAAUUUGCUCUAGACCAUCCCCCAUCCCCAAGCUCAGAUAAAAUUAGAACAACAACGAUCAUUUGAGUGCAUGGCUGCAUCAGACAGACCCUUCAUACUGCUCUCAGCAUUCAGAAUUCCCAUUGCUAUUUCUCAACUGAAAAUGCUGAAAGAAUGCCAAAGAAUGAAAACGAUUGCUUUUAGAGUAAAAAUAAAUAAUUUAAUGCAUAGUAUUGCUUUUAGUUUACUCCUUAAAUAAACUAGUAACAAUAGAAAAACAGAAAAACUAUUUUCCUUAAGGUAUUUUUCACCAUACAAAAUGUUCCUUAAAAUAAAUUUUUCUCUGCAACAAUACUAACAUUUAUACUGGCUAAAAAUGUUUGUAAGUGACAAAACGUUAUACUUCACUAACAUGGUAGUGAAUCUAUCACAUUCUUCAUGAAGUUAAUGCUUAAUUUUUAGCUUUCAUGUUAUAACCAGUUACUGGCUGUAACUCUUACACUACACUGACUUACAUCAUCUGCCUCAGCAUCUUCCUCUUGACACUUGUCUGUCCCAUAUGAUCUCUUGUCAUCAAAGAACAACUGUCACUGCCUUGUUAAGGUAAGUAUUUUGCAUCUGUUUACUUGUAGUUUUUCUUUUUUUUUUUUUUUUUCCCAUCACUGCCGGAGCAGGAGGUAUAAG